CACAGUCUGUGUGUUUCACAGUGUGUCAUUAAUAGAUCAGUAUGGAGAUCUGUUCACUUCUUCUAAUGCUCUUGCUUAUUUCAAACAUCCACACUGGACACACUCAAGAGGCAACUAAACCUCAUCUGAGUUUUGAGAAAAAACCAUCACAGAUAUUCAGAGGAGAUACUGUCGAACUCGGAUGUGAAAUACGUGGGAUUGAUUUGACAUACACAUUUCAGUGUGGAGAUAAACAGCACAACUCUAUAAAGGAUGAGUUCUUGAUCACUGCAGAGCUCACACAGUCCUGCAAGUGUAAAGUCUGCAGAGGAUCAGUCUGCUCUGAAUGGAGUAAUGCUGUGAAUCUGACUGUUUCAGAUGAUCCCAUUGUAACUGUAAAGCCCCAGAGUUCAGUGUUCACUGGAGACACAGUUACUCUGAUCUGUGAUGUGGGAUGGUCAACUGGACGGACAAUUUACUGGUUCAAAGACUUUAAGAGAAUAAAAGCUGGUUCGGCAACAGUAACACUGAGAGAAGUGAGAGUCUCUGAUGGAGGAAGAUAUUCGUGUGCUUUACAAAAUAAAACCACACAAAGCCAAGGAGUCGUGCUAACAGUAAGAGAGAGACCCAAGCCUGUAGUGCGUGUCCAGCCUGAUGGACGUGUGUCCAGAGGACAGACAAUCACUCUCUCGUGUGACAUACAGCAGACAGACGUCAUCAACUGGAGAUACAGCUGGAAUAAAGAUGAUUCAGAGAUUCAUGUCAGUCAGUCUCAGGAAUACCGAAUCAGUUCUGUUAAUGAAUCUCACACAGGUGAUUACAGCUGUACUGGAAGAGAAACAGGAGGAUCACGAUACUCACACACCAGUGAUAAAGUUACACUCACUGUAUCAGGUUCUGAAGCCCCAUUGCUGCUUCUCUCAGCUCUCAAACUGCUCAGUUUUCUGCUGGCAGCUUCUCUAUAUCUGCUAGUGUCCAUCAUUCUGGGAGUCAAGUGCUACAGAGCUCAUGCUGAAUCAAAUGAGGUCAGUCAAUAUACUGUUACAGAGGAGUAAACAUCUCCAGUCCUGAUGAAUAAAAAAACCUAUGUUUUUUCUCUUUUUUAAAAAUUGUUUAGUUAAAUUUAGUCUAUAAUUUUCUGACAAAAUACAUGCUGUGUGUGUGUGUGUGUGUGUGUGUACUACUAUGGAUGUGCACUUAAAUUUUUUAAAUGCAGAGCUCAAAUUCCAAGUAAUACAUGGCCACACUUCACUUCACUUCACUUUAUUUCUUUCUCAAAUGAUCUAUAAACUACUGCAGCUCCCCUUUGAGUUGUUUCUUGGCUUUUUUCUGUGUUUAAAAUGCUGAGGCAAAUGCAUAUCUUCAUUACUGUUAGUCAAGCUGGUUUGAAACAGUGCACUGUAAAAAGCACUAACACCUUUUGCUGUGUUCGAAAUGCCACACUAUCUUACCACUCUUUCCAGUACGUAUAAUGGACACAGUAUGCAAACUUUCUGUAUGCAUAAACCCGGAUGAACUACUCUAUUUGCCAGAAUAUGUUAAAUGUAACUCUGUACACUGAAAUCAGUGUAGAAGCUGUUUUGUUACCCACAAUGCGCUCCAUGUGAUGUUAAAUCUUCAAGUGUGUGAGUGAACUGAGUAAUAAUUAUAAAUGUUACACUUUUAUAUGUACAUAUGUGCAUGCGAUUGUAAACUAAAAAAAAAAAUGCUGUGUAUCUGAAAACAAUAUCA